AUGUCUCUCCAGCUCCCACACGCCCAUCGUUCCAAGGACCAGGGCGCCACAAAGGCCGUCAUUCUGGUCGGCGGCCCGUCCCGCGGCACCCGCUUCCGGCCUCUCUCGCUCGACCUCCCCAAGCCUCUCUUCGAGGUCGCCGGCCACCCCAUCAUCUGGCACUGCCUCUCCUCCAUCGCCCGCGUCCCCAACAAGCUGAUCCAGGAAGUCUACAUCAUCGGCUACUACGACGAGUCCGUCUUCCGCGACUUCAUCAAGGACUCGGCAAAGGAAUUCCCCUCCAUCACCAUUCGCUACCUCCGCGAGUACCAGGCCCUCGGCACCGCCGGCGGUCUCUACCACUUCCGCGAUGCCAUCCUCAAGGGCCAGCCCGAGCGCCUCUUCGUCCUCAACGCCGACGUCUGCUGCUCCUUUCCCCUUGCCGAGAUGCUCAAGCUCUUUGUCGAAAAGGACGCCGAGGCCGUCAUCCUCGGCACCCGCGUGGGCGACGACGCCGCCACAAACUUUGGCUGCAUCGUCUCCGACGCCCACACCCGCCGCGUCCUGCACUACGUUGAGAAGCCCGAGUCGCACAUCAGCAACCUCAUCAACUGCGGCGUCUACCUCUUCUCUACCGAGGCCAUCUUCCCCUCCAUUAAGUCGGCCAUCAAGCGCCGCCUCGAUCGCCCCGCCCGCCUCGUCUCGUAUCCCUCCUCCGACCACAUCGACACCUACAUGCCGCAAUCCGCCGCCGACGACGAAGACGACGCCGGUCGCAAGAACGAAGUGAUACGCCUCGAGCAGGACAUCCUCGGCGAUAUGGCCGACAGCAAGCAGUUCUUCGUCUACGAGACAAAAGACUUUUGGCGCCAGAUCAAGACGGCCGGGUCCGCGGUGCCCGCCAACGCGCUGUAUCUGCAAAAGGCGCUGCAGACGUCGAGCGCCGAGCUGGCCCAGCCCAGCGCCAACGUCGUGGCCCCCGUCUUCAUCCACCCGACGGCCCAGGUCCACCCGACGGCCAAGCUGGGCCCCAAUGUCAGCAUCGGCCCCCGCGUCGUCGUCGGCGCCGGCGCGCGCAUCAAGGAGAGCGUGGUGCUCGAAGACUCAGAGGUCAAGCACGACGCCUGCGUGCUCUACUCCAUCAUCGGCUGGGGCAGCCGCGUCGGCGCCUGGGCCCGCGUGCAGAGCAUCACCAUCCUCGGCAAGGACUGCGCCGUCGGAGACGAGAUUCGCGUGCAAAACUGUGUCUGCCUGCCCUACAAAGAGCUGAAGCGAGACGUCUCCAAUGAGGUCAUCAUGUGA